GAGUCUCUGUCUGACAGCUCGGUUGACGACCCUAUGGAGGGCAUUGAUGCAACUGCCACAAUUACUUACAAGAUAUUAGACCAAGGUACCAAACGUGGUAAACAUAAGCUUUAUUCUAGUGAUGGUUUUUCUUUCACUGUUAAAAGGCAGCAAAAUGAAAAGACCUGGUGGUGGUGUAGUGUAAGAGGUAAAAACAACAGGUGUCCAGCAGCGGUUAGCCAAAUAGGUGACAAAUUCGUUCCAGGCAAAUUAACACAUAAUCAUCCUUCUGCACCUGGUUCAGUGGUUGCGGCCACAAUUUCAUCAACUGUCAAGGCACAAGCGGCAUUACCAGCCCAUGCUUUUACUAGAUCAUCAGAGAUUGUGAAGACAGUUCUAACAACACAUGCUAAUGUAAACCUGCCGGAGGCAAGUCGUCCUGCCAUCACUAAUUUAAAGAGACAAUGUAAUCGUAGACGCCAAAAAGAUCGUCCUCCUGAGCCAAAACACCUAGAUUUCGAUCUUGCAGAAUACUACCUGCCAGACAACUUCCUGAAAGCUGAUAUCAAAAAGAAUGGUCAAAGAUAUGUAGUCUUAGCCACAGAUCAACAACUGCAAUUACUGUCUAAGUCCAAAUGUUGGUAUAUGGACGGUACUUUCAAAGUGGUAAAGGCACCAUUCAAGCAGCUAUUUACCAUCAACUGCUUCCUAAACAGUGGGACAGAAACCAAACAUGUACCUCUCAUGUAUGUUAUCAUGUCACGUCAACGCACGAAGGACUAUGUCUCAGUUCUUAGGGCUAUUUUGCAACUACUGCCAUGCACUGCCGUUCAAAAGUUCAUAGCAGACUUUGAACGUGGCCUGUGGAAUGCUCUACACCGUCUGUUUCCAGGAGUCCCCGUCCAAGGUUGUGCAUUUCACUGGAGUCAAGCCAUCUUCCGUAAAAUCCAAAAGACAGGCCUGGUAGUUUCAUACAAUUCCAAGGGCAACACUUUUAAAUUUUUACGGCACAACGACCUUAACACCCAAGCUGUCAUCGGCAACCCUCCGUUCUACCGUCUUUGUCGACUUUUACACAGGGAGACAUUGUUUCUUCCUCUACAGAUCAAGUUGGUAUCCGAAGGACAUUCGGUCUGGUAA